UGCUGAAGAUGUCAUUCGACUUUUUACACCUAUACACAUAAAUACUUACGUAAUGUAGUAGAUGUUCACAUGGAUGUGAAACCUCACCACACGUGUAUAGGACCUGAUCACAUAUACAUGCGGUAACCAUGGAAAACAAGGACCAAUACGAUGACGUAAACACGGAUGAUGGUUCAGUGAAGAAACAGUCUAACUUAGAAUCAUCGCUAUCACGUAGAAAUGAAGCUGAACAAUCGCAAUUAAUAAAAUAUUAUGCGCAUAACAGCCGCGACUCGGCCAUUGAACAAAAAAAAUUAGUGAACAACGGCACAACAUCGUCAACAAGAGACGAGAGUGACACAGACAUGGCAGAGGUAACUAGUGAGGUCAUCUGCACUGGAGGAAAACAUGAUGAUGAAGGUGGUGAUGAUGAUAUAACAGAGGAUACGAUGGUGGAAGAGGAUAUUAACCGAGCCCCUGAUGGAGGGUAUGGUUGGGUCAUUGUCCUUGGAAGUAUGCUGGCCCAUCUCAUUAUAGGUGGUCUUGAGAGAUCAUCUGGUGUUUUAUAUCUGAAAUUGGACGAAAAAUUCCAACAAUCCGCCGUCGCCACUGCAUGGGUGCUCUCCCUUUCAUCGGGUUUGCGAUUGAUUCUAGGACCUGUCUGUAGCGCGCUUUGUAACCGAUAUUCCCACCGAUCUGUUGUAAUUAGUGGAACAGUCCUGGUCUUUAUCAGCAUGAUAGCGACGUCCCUGUCACCGGAUCUCACCUUCACUUACUUCAGUUAUGGAUUCCUUGGAGGUGUUGGAAGGCUGUUUGCCUAUGCUCCAGCUGUGAUAAUAGUUGGAGAGUAUUUCAACAAAAAAAGAGGAAUCGCCGUCGGUUUGGCAACGUCUGGGGUAGGCUUCGGAAGCUUUCUCUUUCCUACUAUGAUCGAAAUGUUCUUCAAGGUUUAUGGAUAUUUUGGCUCAUUUCUCCUGCUUGCAGGUGUCAUGUUAAAUCUUGCUGUUAGUGGAUGCCUCUUCAGACCUCUAUGGCUUCAUACCCAAAUGGCGGCACACCAGGAAAGAGGAAGACAAUUGAAGGAUACAGAACUCGGAACAGAAUUAUUGGAACAGAAGUCAAACACCAAUAAACCAAAGCAGGCUGAAAAAAGAUUAUCAGUUUCUUCUCGCAAAUCGAAAAGCAAGACUAAGAAAUUUCUAGACCUAUCACUGUUAAAAGAUUUUCGUUUUCUAUGUUUUUGUGUAGCUAUUUUAUUAUUUACUGUAUCGUCCCAAAUCGCAUUUGUAUUUAUACCUCCCUACGCCAAAUCAAAAGGAAUAAGUGAUCUACACGCAUCGUAUGCUGUAUCUAUCGCUGGAAUAUCUGAUGGUAUAGGUAGAAUACUUUCAGGAAUUAUUCUUGACUUAAAGCGAGUGAAAAAAUACCGAGUAUACGUAUACAAUAUCGUGAUGUUCUUUAUUGGGCUGACGUCAUUCAUUAUACCAAAUAUCGACACAUUUGGUCCCCUAAGCGCAGUGUGUGGCGUUUACGGACUACUGGUUGGGACAUACAUAUCGCAGAAGUCUGUUGUCAUCGUUGACAUCCUAGGUGUGAAACAUCUUGUCAGUUCCUUUGGUUUAUUGAUAUGUUUCCAGGGAAUUGGAAUGUUUAUUGGUCCACCAAUCGCAGGUGUCAUGAAGGAUGUAUCCGGUCACUAUGAGGGCGGAUUUUAUUUGGGAGGAUCGUCAAUUAUAUGUGGUGGUUUGGUUUUGACGGCUGGAAACGCGUAUCAUUAUUUUAGACAAUCAAAACCAGAUUUGUAAAUAUAGACGAAUCGUACAGAAAAUGCUUUCAUACAUCAAUAAGUACUUAUAAGCUUUUUCCUACCGUCCGAUUCUUUUAAGAUAUCUGUAAAAUUACUGUAGUUCUCAUCUUUAUUUUGCUUCAAAACUUCACCGGUAAUUUCACUGCCGCAUGAUAUAAGCUAAUUUUGAACAUUUCAAGAAAGAAUGUUCUUUUCCGUCGAGAAACAUGACACAGUGGUAUUGUGAUAUCACAAACUUUGUGAAUUUCAUUUAUCAUGAACUUAGGAGCGUUAGGAUAUAUGCCCGUGUAAGAAUUUGUUUCAGACUUUCAGAUUUCGUCAAAUUAUUGAUAUAAACAAUGUCAAAAACAGUAAUACCAUAUGACCACAGAGGACAUUAUGUACAGGCACAACCUCAAAAUGGCUUACUGUUACGACAUAUACCAUAUUUUACAUUAUAUUUACCCUUACCCUAACCCUACUCAGAUUUUGAAAUUGAUUAAAUAUCCUAGAUGCCCUUCACUGGGUGGUUUUAA